UGUGAAAUAGGAAACCGCAGCCAUGACCACCCACGUCACCCUGGAGGAUGCCCUGUCCAAUGUGGACCUGCUGGAAGAGCUCCCCCUACCUGACCAGCAGCCAUGCAUCGAGCCACCGCCUUCCUCCAUCAUGUACCAGGCAAACUUCGACACCAAUUUCGAGGACAGGAACGCCUUCGUCACAGGCAUUGCAAGGUACAUCGAGCAGGCUACAGUGCACUCCAGCAUGAAUGAAAUGCUGGAAGAAGGACAUGAGUACGCAGUCAUGCUGUACACCUGGCGCAGCUGUUCCCGGGCCAUCCCCCAGGUCAAGUGCAAUGAGCAGCCCAACCGUGUGGAGAUCUACGAGAAGACAGUGGAGGUGCUGGAGCCCGAGGUCACCAAGCUCAUGAAGUUCAUGUACUUCCAGGUCAUGGGCUUUGGUCUCUACCUCAUGGAUGGAAACGUCAGUAACAUUUACAAACUGGAUGCCAAGAAGAGAAUCAACCUCAGCAAAAUCGAUAAGUUCUUUAAGCAGCUGCAGGUGGUACCCCUCUUCGGCGACAUGCAGAUAGAGCUGGCCAGAUACAUUAAGACCAGUGCUCACUAUGAAGAGAACAAGUCCAAGUGGACAUGCACCCAGAGCAGCACCAGCCCCCAGUACAACAUCUGUGAGCAGAUGGUGCAGAUCCGGGAUGACCACAUCCGAUUCAUCUCUGAACUGGCCCGCUACAGCAACAGUGAGGUGGUGACGGGCUCUGGGCUGGACAGCCAGAAGUCGGAUGAGGAGUACCGGGAGCUCUUCGACCUCGCCCUGAGGGGGCUGCAGCUGUUGUCCAAGUGGAGCGCCCAUGUCAUGGAGGUGUACUCCUGGAAGCUGGUGCACCCCACAGACAAAUUCUGUAACAAGGACUGCCCGGGCACAGCUGAGGAGUAUGAGAGAGCCACACGCUACAACUACACCAGCGAGGAGAAGUUCGCCUUCGUGGAGGUGAUCGCCAUGAUCAAGGGGCUGCAGGUACUCAUGGGCAGGAUGGAGAGCGUCUUUAACCAGGCCAUCAGGAAUACCAUCUACGCAGCCUUGCAGGACUUUGCUCAGGCCACGCUGCGUGAGCCCCUGAGGCAGGCAGUGCGGAAGAAGAAGAAUGUCCUCAUCAGCGUCCUGCAGGCAAUUCGAAAAACCAUCUGUGACUGGGAAGGGGGCCGGGAGCCCCCCAAUGACCCAUGUUUGAGAGGGGAGAAGGAUCCCAAAGGCGGGUUUGACAUCAAGGUGCCCCGGCGUGCCGUGGGGCCAUCCAGCACACAGCUGUACAUGGUACGGACCAUGCUGGAAUCGCUCAUUGCGGAUAAGAGUGGCUCCAAGAAGACCCUGAGGAGCAGCCUGGAUGGGCCCAUCGUCCUGGCCAUUGAGGACUUCCACAAGCAGUCCUUCUUCUUCACACAUCUGCUCAACAUCAGUGAAGCCCUGCAGCAGUGUUGUGACCUCUCCCAGCUCUGGUUCCGAGAAUUCUUCCUGGAAUUAACCAUGGGCCGAAGGAUCCAGUUCCCCAUUGAGAUGUCCAUGCCGUGGAUUCUAACUGAUCACAUCCUGGAAACCAAAGAACCUUCUAUGAUGGAGUACGUGCUCUACCCUCUGGAUCUGUACAACGACAGCGCCUACUAUGCCCUGACUAAGUUCAAGAAGCAGUUUCUGUACGAUGAGAUAGAAGCAGAGGUGAACCUGUGUUUUGAUCAGUUUGUCUACAAGCUGGCGGACCAGAUCUUUGCUUACUACAAGGCCAUGGCCGGCAGCGUGCUGUUGGAUAAACGUUUCCGAGCUGAAUGUAAGAACUACGGGGUCAUCAUUCCGUACCCGCCAUCCAACCGCUAUGAAACGCUGUUGAAGCAGAGGCACGUGCAGCUCUUGGGUCGAUCGAUUGACCUGAACAGACUCAUCACCCAGCGCAUCUCUGCCGCCAUGUACAAAUCCUUGGACCAGGCCAUCAGCCGCUUCGAGAGUGAGGACCUGACCUCCAUCGUGGAGCUGGAGUGGUUGCUGGAGAUCAACCGACUCACGCACCGGCUGCUGUGCAAACAUCUGACCCUGGACAGCUUCGAUGCCAUGUUCCGCGAGGCCAACCACAAUGUGUCUGCCCCCUACGGCCGCAUAACCCUGCACGUCUUCUGGGAGCUAAACUUUGACUUCCUCCCCAACUACUGCUACAAUGGCUCCACCAACCGUUUUGUCCGAACGGCCAUUCCCUUCACCCAAGAACCACAAAGAGAUAAACCCGCCAACGUCCAGCCUUAUUACCUCUACGGUUCCAAGCCUCUCAACAUCGCCUACAGCCACAUCUACAGCUCCUACAGGAACUUCGUGGGGCCCCCUCAUUUUAAGACUAUCUGCAGACUCUUGGGGUACCAGGGCAUUGCUGUGGUAAUGGAGGAGCUGCUGAAGAUCGUCAAGAGCCUGCUGCAAGGAACCAUCCUCCAGUACGUGAAAACUCUAAUCGAAGUGAUGCCCAAGAUAUGCCGCUUGCCCCGGCACGAGUAUGGCUCCCCAGGGAUACUGGAGUUCUUCCACCACCAGCUGAAGGACAUAAUUGAGUACGCCGAGCUCAAGACAGAUGUGUUCCAGAGCCUGAGGGAAGUAGGCAACGCCAUCCUCUUCUGCCUCCUCAUCGAGCAAGCUCUGUCUCAGGAGGAAGUCUGUGAUUUGCUCCACGCUGCGCCCUUCCAAAACAUCCUACCGAGAGUUUAUAUUAAAGAGGGGGAACGCCUGGAGGUACGGAUGAAACGCCUGGAAGCCAAGUACGCCCCACUUCACCUGGUCCCUCUGAUCGAGAGGCUUGGGACACCCCAGCAAAUCGCUAUCGCCCGGGAGGGCGACCUGCUGACCAAGGAGCGUCUGUGCUGCGGGCUAUCCAUGUUCGAGGUCAUUCUGACGCGCAUCCGGAGUUACCUGCAGGACCCCAUCUGGCGGGGCCCCCCGCCCACCAACGGCGUCAUGCACGUGGAUGAGUGUGUAGAAUUCCACCGGCUCUGGAGCGCUAUGCAGUUUGUUUACUGCAUCCCCGUGGGCACCAACGAGUUCACAGCUGAGCAGUGUUUUGGAGACGGCUUGAACUGGGCUGGCUGCUCCAUCAUCGUCCUGCUGGGUCAGCAACGGCGCUUUGACCUGUUUGAUUUCUGCUACCACCUGCUCAAAGUCCAGAGGCAAGAUGGAAAGGACGAAAUCAUCAAGAAUGUGCCCCUGAAGAAGAUGGCAGACAGGAUCAGGAAGUACCAGAUCUUGAACAAUGAGGUGUUUGCCAUCUUGAACAAGUACAUGAAGUCGGUGGAGACAGACAGUUCCACAGUGGAGCAUGUGCGCUGCUUCCAGCCACCCAUCCACCAGUCCCUGGCCACCACCUGCUAGCUGGUGGAGACCAGCUGCAGACCUUCAACCUGGAGCAGAAGAAAAGGCAGGAGAGAGAAAGCCAAGGCCAGCCUGCAACAUGGUCCCACGGACAACAUGUGGAAUGGACCUGACAGCAAACAAGAACGUCCCCAACACAUUCACACCACUCCUAAGGGCUGGGCCUGUGCAUGCUCUCCAUGACAUCUCCAUGGUGGUUUUUCCAUAGUGUGUAAAUGAAAAAACAAAAAAAAAAAGAAACAGGGAAGUAUGUGCUUUUUCUUUCUUUGUUCACUCUGCUAUGUAAGAGCCCUCGCUUUACCCUCUCAUCAUCUCACAGCCCUACCCUUAUCAGAAGUUGCUUCCCGAAACCUCCUCCCAAGAGGGCAACCUCCUACCCUGUGCCCACAUGUGACCCCAGGACUGAAGUCUCAGAAGUCAAGAGAAGGGUGUGGGGGUGCCCUAAAUUGUCAGCCUGGCCUGACCGGCAGGCCUGUGCUUUCUGGCCUCACACCUCUGACUACCUGCCCCUUCUUUCCCCGGGGCAUCUCCUCUGCUCCAGAGACCAGGGAUUCUACUGGCAAGAGUACUCUCGGGCCAGGAAUGGAGAUCCAUAGUACAAAAAACGAAGUGUGAGGUUCUAGGUGCCUUGGCAGAUGGUGUUGACUCCAGCCUUCUGUAGACACCCCAGACCACAUCCUAGCACCGCUCUCAGGGCAUGCCCAGAGAGAACUCAGGAACGCGCUCCCCGCCUGGCCCCGAGUAACUCGGGGCGGGAAGGGGGUCGGUAUUUAUGAACACAGCCAGCAGUUGCAGAGCCCUAAACAGAAAGCUGUCUGAUACGUGGGAAGCUGGAUGGGGAUGGCGCCUUGAUCCCUGAAGCAGAUCCGGAACACCAAGUGCUCAGGGCGUGGACACUGGGGACAGCACUGAACAGGCCAAGCAUAUGCUGCUCUUGGCGCCUGCCAGACACCAAAUUAGGGAGCCCCUCUUUGUAGACGCAUCAAGGAAAACUCUCAUUAGAGAGAAAUAUGAAGGGGUUAUUCGAAGAGAAGCCAAAAUCAUCACAGGGUCAAGAGGGAGUAUAAAUAACACUUUUCUUCUGACAGCAAAGAAGAAUCCUGGUUUAGUGAAUCUGGAAGUUCACUCUGUGGAAGCUAAAAGCCUUCCGGGGACAUUUUAUCUAUGGCUCUCAACUCCCUUCACAUCCCUUAGCUUAGAACCUGAGGUGGGGUGGACCUCACUGAGAGACAUCUACUUCAUUUGCCAAGCGCGACACUUCCUCAGGGUCUCCCAAGGAGCAAGGGGAGGCUGCUGAGAGGGACAGGAGCCCUUGGGGAGUUGUCCUCAUUCCCCACCUCAUCUUCAGAGGGAGUCUGUGAUCCUGAACUUGUAAGAAUGCAUAAAGACAUUGCUGCUGCUUCUCAGACCAGGGAAGAGAGGAGACAAAACUACAAUGAUUCUCUCCCUCAGGGCAGAUGAGUAGGAGUGGCUACCCUGAGUUAAAUGACCUAUUUUAACCCAUGGAAAUAGCCAAGGUGUGCCCAUAGCACAAGGUCUGGGUGAUACACUCACCCUCACCAGGGAGGAGAGGUGUGGCUCCUCAAGUAUGAUCCAGGGGCCACCUACAUCAGGCUUCCUGCAAUUAGCAUCUGUGAUGGAGAUUGCUGGACCCUACCCGAAACCCUCUCAUCCUGCUUCUGGCAGUAGAGUGGAGAAAUCUUCACUUUCCACACAGUAUCUGAAGGAUGCACGUGGAGGUCUGAGGACCCCUGCAGUGGAAGCUGUCUACACUGCUACCCUUGCUGCUGAGCUCCUCUGGGCCACGAAAGGAAAACUGUUGGGAAGGAAAGUGGGUCCGUGUGGGAGCUGGCAGCUCUCCUUUUGUGGAGCUGUCUCUUCCUAGUCUGAUGUCCUGUUUCCCUCUUGAUUUCCCAGAGGUAAAGGGAGAGGUGACAUGACAGAAGUAACAGAUAACACAUGCCUUCAUAAACCUCACAGUAUCUCCAAGCUCCAGGGCCUUCUGAAUCUCCAGUCCUAUGUGGGAGCAGUAGUUGGCUCGCUCCUACAGACCAGUGACUGGCUGUGAAGAUACAGCCUUUAAUCCAUCUUCCUAACUGGCUUUUGUGGAGUUUGGGUCAUCCAGUGGAUGACACUGCUCUUUCACCAGCCCACCCCUCCCACUCUGCAUCCAUAACCCUGAAUCGGACCCACUGGGUAGAAUCCCACUACUCUCAAGAGACUCGAUCUCAGUAAAUUGAGGGCUUCACCUUCAGGAGAGACAUCUCAUUGCCCUGAUGUGCCAGUAGCAUUUAUAAACACCAAACAGGUUCCCUAUCUUUCCUCCCUGGUCUGACUGUGCCCCUCACCCCUUUAACUUUUGUGUGUUUAAGAACAGGAAAAACAAACAAACAAACAAAACCUUAGGUUUUAAAGAGUUUUAAAAAAAAUUCUGUUUCAGAAACUGUCAAAUGUACCAUAUUUGUAUUAAGAGUUGUUGGGGAUUUUUGUACAAUGAAUUUACAUUUAUUUAUGGUGACUUAUAUUACGGUUGUGAUCAAAUCAUGAUGUUGAAGUCUUAAACCAUAUUUGCUAUGCAGCUGAAGAUGAAUCAUAUUUUGCUUUGUAUUUUGGGGUACCUAUGUUGAGUUGAUUCACAUUUCCAUCUCCAUUAAAACUGCUUCCAAACUAGUGAAA